CAAAAUUUUAGAUGAAAGGGCUUUUGGAUUUUGGAUGACGCUCCAAAUCACGUGUUCAUAGGAAAUACACUCGCUAUAAUUUUUGGAGCUGCCUCGUCCCGCACCGCCGACCGUAGUUGUUUUGCCGUCUCCAUACAGUGAAGCAGAGGGGUGGAAAGGUAAUGUAAUGUAAUGUACCUUGCCGUGGUCAAUGACGGGUUCACGCCAGUUCACCGGGUUCACUUAAGGAGAGCUCCCACCCCCUGCUCGCCUCCUCUUCUUCAAAACGCAACGAUCGGAGCCAAUCCAAAAUAAUACAUUAAUAGCUACAUUCAUGUCGGAUUCUAUUUUUCCCACCGACUGUUGAGGAUCCUUGGUGCUGGCAAACUUGUCCAUGUGACUUGAGUCCUUAACUGGCAGUGGGCAUGAAGCAACACUGUGAUAUCAUAGUGGCUGGUCCAUGACACUAAACUUCAUUCAACCCUCUCCACUCUCCACCCACCCACUGUUUUCAUCAUACUGGACAGGCAACCAUUCACUCUCCCAUCAACAGAAAGCUGUGCAAUGGCUAGCAAGAGGAAAUCCACUGUACCCUGCAUGAUACCAUCAAAAUCCAAACAUGUGCGUGAGGAAAUCAUUCUGGGCUCACUACCAGAGCUCCUACCAACAAUCCCAGAAGAUAGCAUACUCAGCAUCUCUGGAGAGGAGUCUGGCCAUUUCUCUCACAGCUCCUCCACAUCAGAAAGUGGCAUUGAGAUGCAGAAAGGAGGUACAUACAGCUGUCCAAAGUGCCGUUUUGAGUCCAGAGAUCUAAACUACUUUUUGGAUCACAUGCACAAUUGCCAUUUAGACUUCAGGGCCCAGCCCACCUUCUACUGCCUGAACUGUGGGGUGUCAGUUGUUCGCUUUGAGGCACUAGCUCUGCAUAACGCUAAUGCCCAUCCUAAGAUAAUGGAGGGCUUGACCACUGCCUCCCUAACUGUCAACCAGAGGGAUGGAGUAACAACUGUGGAGCAAAGCCUCUUUGAGGACAACAGAGGAGAUUACAGAGAAUCUGGGAUCUCCCUCACCAAAACACCAAUUGCAAAGAUGAUGAAAGCCAAGGGGGAGCACAAAAAGAUUGUGGUUUCUCAUACUGUUGAGGUACGAAAAAAAGACAAUGGAAAGGAUAUAGACCCCAGCAUGCUGACUAAUGUGCCUGAACUCCAAAACGGGGUUCCCAGUGUUUCUGGAGCCCCAGCUAUGCCGAGGACCACUGUCACUCAUGUGAUUAAGACGACAGUGCCCAACCAAGUCUUUCACCAGCACACUCCUUCCCUUUACUCUCCCCCUUCCAUUGAUUCCAAUAAAGACCUUCCAAAGGUGAUGAUCCCUCUCAGCAGCAUCCCUACCUACGAUGCUGCUAUGGACACCAGCAGCUUUCUCAAGACAUCCUUUGGCAAGUUCCCCUACCCAACCAAAGCUGAACUCUGCUACCUAACAGUGGUCUCAGAGUUCCCAGAGGAGCAGAUCAAACUGUGGUUUACUGCCCAAAGGCUCAAGCAGGGCAUAAGCUGGUCACCUGAAGAGAUUGAGGAGGCCAGAAGGAAGAUGUUCAACACUGUGUUCCAAGGUGGAGCACCUCAAAAGCAACCUCCUACACAACGGCACGUCAAUCACAUUGUAACCCACCACACUGUAACUGCUAAUCCAGGCUCAAAAGGACCAAACUUUCAAAUGGCCAAAGUACCAUACGGCAGUUUGAAAACCAGGCCUGGUGGAGUCCUAACCACACAGGCAAGCUUGUCAACCAAUCCCAAUGUCACUAGGGUCUCAUAUUCUACUCCAAUUGUUCCCCAAAAGUUUCCAUCUGCAAUCAGAACAACAAAGGUACCCACCAAGAAUGCCCAACCCACUGUGGAGCCAGACAAGACCAAUGGCCUCAGCCUGGACAUUGCUGGAAGCAGCGGAUGUGUUAGUAGCACCAGCAGCAGUCGAAGCAGCAGUAGCAGCAGUAGUUGCAGUAGCAGCAGCAGCAUCAGCAGCUAUUCCAGCAGUAAUAAUGGUGUUGAGACGUUCACCAGGAAACCAGUUCAAAACAGCAGCCCAACCAACAGCAUUAAGAGCAUCACCGCUUGCUCUACAAACAUUAGCAACAAUGAUGAGCACUGUGUUGCUGACACAAAUGGAAGACCAAAUGGUAAAAGUAACAGUGUACCAAUUGGGUUGGGAGAUUCAAACAGUACCAAGAGUCAAGUGAUCAUUGAUAAUACCAGCAAAUUCAGCACCCCUAGUCACAACAGUGGCAUCACUAGUACACAAGAACAGACCCAUGCCACAAAGAGUGACGAUGAACAAAACAACUACAUUUACAAGACCAAUAUCAGCAGUAUUAGCAAUGAGUACCCCAGUUCUACUUGUAAUGACAGUGUCCCUUACCUGAACCAUGCCAGCAAAUCCCCAACUGAAAGCACCAGCACCACUGUCAUUACAAAAAGCAGCUCAUUAAUUUUAGAUGAGCGUAAAGGUAACAAGGACUUUCCCAUGAAAGGUAUGUCAAUCCUACAACAACUCAUCAAGGAUGAUGACCCAUAUGCAAGGGACAGAAGCUGUCCAGAGCUGAAAGUUGACCCAAUUAAGAUCAGUUUCAAGAGGCUGAAGAUGAAUGAACCAGAGACUACAUCUGAGAUUGUGCAUGACGAAAAUAAGUCUGAAAUAGCUGAAGUGUCUGCUUCUCAACCAUCUUUCUCACCGCCUUGGGGUAACAAGACUCCUCAGCAGCUACACAUCCUCAGACAGGUUUUCUCCAACACCCGCUGGCCAAGCAGUCAGCAGUACGAGGACUUGAGCGGCCAGACAGGCCUUCCUAAGUCAGAAGUGGUGCGUUGGUUCAGCGACAGCCGGUACAGCCACAAGAACGGGCAGCUAAAGUGGCUGGAGAACUAUCAACGACCAUCCACAGAUUCAGAGGAAGUAAGGGGCCACGGAGAUGUUGAAGUUGAGUCACCAAAGGACUCUCCAGUGGCAAAAAAGAAACUUGUUGAGAAAGACUUGAACAGGCACCUUAAAGGAGAAGAUGGACUUAACUCAGGGCAGCGGGUUGUGUGGCAAGGUUCAUACUCACCGCUGCUGGAUCUGAUGGGGCCCGGGGAGAACAACGACCAAGGCCAUGCUGAGGAUUCAGCACAGCCAGGAGUCCUGCAGGAUCCAUGGUCAGAGAGAGCAGAGGACAACCAGCAGCCAGUGGCCAGUCAGUCACUCAUUGAACAGCAGGCUGAUGCCAAUCAGGCGAGGGAUCGCCUAAGGAUGGAGCUGCUGGAGGUGUGAUCAAGCAGAGCCAAUCUCGCCAGAGGAAAAUGAUGUUUUAAGGCUGGCUAACUCCCCUGGCCGUGGUCUAAAAAGAGUGUUCAUAAUGACAGCAGAUGUGAUUGUAGCUGGACCGUUGGACUCUGACUGUAACUGUGAAUACCCCCCAGCCCUCCUCCUUCUCUGCGUCCUCCUCCUCUUCCAUCUGCCAUCACUUCCUGCCAUCGUCAAAAGAAAGAACUUCUCACCUUUGAGUCCUGUGAUGUUUAAGCCUUUCAUGCUUCUUUGUGGUUGUGUGGGGAGGGUGCACAAUAAGGUCAGUAAGAGGGAUCAAAGAAAAGAGAGACAAAAAGACGCACACUGACUGGAAAACUGACUUGAAUGAGCGAAGAUAGGAUAAGAUAAGGCAGAGAGAUAUUGUUUUUGGUCAGAGGGAGAAAUAUAAAUAUAUGAUUGAAACUGCACUAUAACAGAGGGUUUGUACUGACCGGACAUACGAAAGAUGUGUCAAGGAAAUGUUAUUGUUGGCUUUGUGAUAUUUUUUACUUUUUUAGCAACCAGUACUUCAGCACUGCCUUGAAUUUUACUUUUUCCGUUUUUUGGGGGUUUUUCAAUUCUAUUUACUCUUCUAUAGUCACUGUAAGUCCAGAUGCAAUCAAACAUGGUUUAUUAAGAUCUGUAUUAAUGUUGGUGAUCACUUUGCAGUUCAGCUACACGCAAGAGACUAUAUACAAUGCACUAAUGAAGACAGCAAUGCUAAAAAUCACACUGCCCCACUGCAAAGGUAUUGACAGCUCUGUCAAGAUCAAUACACUACACUGCCCUGCAAAGUGAACAGAGAGAAGCCUGUCACGCUAACGUUGCCUUACUAAGCUCUGUCCAUGUGUUUAUAUGACUGAUCUGUCCAUCACCUUGCUUUCCAGCUAUUGUGCUGUCCUGAAAAUACAAAAAAAAAACAAAAACAAAAAAAACCUGCCAGUGCAACAAUGGUCACUGUUCGUCAAUAUCUGUGAAAAAAAAAAAAUCUUGUGCUGCUUUCUGUACACUUGGAUAUGUUUAACUUUAAGCUGUAAUUGUAUCAAAUAUUGUUACUGGCAAAAUGUUUCAAACAAAAUUAUCAAUUUGAUCCCUAGACACUGACAGAGUGAGAUAUUGUGCUAGCUAGAGAGCCAAAUGAGGAGAUCUUUGCUCUCCUUUGAAUUUUGUUGUGUUUCUAUAAACAUACAGUCACUACAUGAAUCCUAUUAAGCUGCAUCUUUGUCAAGCUGCUAAUAGCUAAGAACGGUGCUAUACCAUCCAAAGUGAAAUUGGAGGUUGAUCUCCUACCAGCAGUGUAUGCACUUGUGUCGAAUGUUACAAAUUUAUUUUGGUUCGCGAUUAAUGGAAUCUGGACUUACGGUGUUAUGAUCACAUAAAAACUUUUAUGAAAUAGUCUGAUCAUAAAGCACUGUUGUAUCAUCCUUUCUACACUUAUGAAUCUUUACAGAAUAAACUGAAUACACACCAA